UAACGUCGUUAUCUUUAACGUUUUAUUCUCGCACCCCCAAUUUUCAAACCCUAACGUUUUUUCUUUUCAUAACCGACGACUUAUUUAACUAUCGAUCCAUCAAUUAUUUCUUCCUAUUUUUUAUUUUCUCUUUAUAUUAUCGUGUAGCACUAUUUAUACAGCUGUAAAUACUAUAUGAUACGAAUAGGAAUUUGUCGACCUCUAACCAUGGAAGGGAAAUGGCCACAUUACGCCGAAAAGAAUCCUGUUUAUAAAAAUGGACUUGCAAUUUCCUUAAAUCCUCGUUUUAUGUAUUUUACUUUAUCCCAGAUAGUUGAUUUUUAGGUUUACUUGUGUAAAUAUAGUUAGCUUUGUAGAUAAUGGCAUCAAAGUGGGUUAAGGUGUUGGAAGGUGGUAAUAGGGUUAUAGUUGAUUCAAAGAGGAAACGAGCAUCUCAAAUAGUUAGAAUUAGCAAUAGGGCUUUGGCUGCGAAACCCAGCCUUAAUUCAGUAUUAAACAAGUCUGGAAAGAGAAAAAGAGAUGAAAGCUGCAAGGCCAAGUGUUGCUUUUCCUCUAGGAAAACUUUACUCAAAAACUACUCAAAUUUUAUGAAAAGUGGACUACCUCAACGCUUGCUCUAUUCUCAAGAUGGUCGAUGGAAUGAUUUCUCCCAAGAUUUCAUUGACCUGGUUAAAGACGGCUUUUUGGCGAAGAAGACAUCGAUUGAAGUGAAUCAUAAUGGGAAUCAUUUAAUCUUAAAUAUCUUACAUAUGACUGAACUAGAUUUAAAAACUGGUGUACAGAAACCUAUAGCAUGGAUUGAUGACACAGGUAGCUGCUUUUUCCCUGAAUUAUAUUCUAGUUAUGAAAGUCAUCAAUGCAAUAAGUCUGGCGCACUGAAAGAUAUAGAACUUGUCGAGUUGGAGUCUUGUGUGACUCCUGAAAUUAAGUUGCAUGUUGAGAUCGAACUAAAUGGACUAAGUAAUCAUAAUUUGGUGGAAUGCAUGGAUGAGUCUUAUGUUCAAAAGUCUAAUGCUAAGAGGGUCAAAGUUGAUCAGGAAGUUCAUAAAAUUAAUUAUGAUUACAAUUUAAAUGAUAUUAGCAAUGAACUAGAUGAAAAAGCUGACCAAUCUGUUGAGAAAAUUCAACAGAGUGAUGAAGAUGCAUCAUCAACAUUUUGCAAAACUGUGACUGUGGACCUAGAAACUGCCAGAAUGAUGUUUCUGAAGGGAAUCAAUUCAGCCUACAAGGUUGAUGUAAUCGAUGUUAAAGCAUGCUCUGGUAAUAUUAUGGAAGCGAGGUUAGAUCUUUUUCAGAAGCAGAUCGAAAUCACACAAAAGCUUCGUGGAAAUGCGAAUGUGCGAUAUGCCUGGCUUGCGUCUCCAAGAGAUGCACCAUAUAGCACUGUGAUUUAUGGGCUCGGACAUAAUGGGCCAAAACUUGGACAGUAUGGGUAUGGAGUCCACCUUACAGCUGUCGACUCUGCCCACAAAAGUGCUACUGUGUGUGAUGUUGACGAAAAUGGAGUAAGAUGCAUGGUGUUAUGCCGUGUGAUAUUGGGAAACAUGGAAGUUGUCAUACCUGGAUCCAAACAAUUUUAUCCAAGGGAUGAGUCCUUUGACAGUGCGGUUGAUAAUCUUGAAAAUCCCAACCAUUAUAUCAUUUGGAACAUGAACAUGAAUACCCAUAUCCAUCCUGAAUUUGCAGUAUCUUUCAAGAUACCCCCAAACGUUGAAGAAGGAAUUCCAAUUAUAGAGGCAAGUAGGGUUGACUUGUCAUCAAGGGUAACAACCCACGAUCCCCACGGACCCUUGCAGAUGGAUUCCUCUCCUAGUAAAACGGGGACUAGCAGCCCUCAAUACGAAUGUCCGAAUGGCAUGUCUGUGCAAAAGGUCCCUAGUGUUGGAUCGAGCACCUCCAGGGGUCCUAAGUCUCCGUGGAUGUCUUUUUCAAAGCUGUUGGAAGCUAUAUCAGAUAAAGUAGCUCCAGAUGAUUUGAAGCUAGUGCAUAUCUACUAUGAAUCUCUUAGGGGAAAGAAAACUAGUCGGGAAGAGUUCAUUAAGAAGUUGAGAUCGAUAGUUGGAGAUCAGAUAUUAAGGACUACAAUAUCUAGUCUCCAGUCCAAGGCUUAAGUCAGCUGGCUAAUGCUACAAUUGUUGCUCGGAGUUAGUUCUAUUUGGCAAGGCAGCAGAAGUUUUUGGUGACAUUAAAAUUUCAAACUCAAUAUAUGUCAGUUUGCGUAUGGUGUUUGAACUUUGAAAAUCUGGGUUUCCCUUUGUUCAGUUGGAUUGGUAUUUGGCUUUUUUUUUUUUUUUUUUAAUUUUUAUUUUAGAUAGGUUAAACAUAUAUAUAUAUAUAUUAUAUAAUAAUUUAAGGAUUUAACUAUUUUUGCCAA